AUGAUUGCAUUGAUUAUAAAUCACAUGAGCAGUGAGGUGAUCAACCACCUGACCAAAGUGACAUGGGAUACGAUCAUCCACCACCCAAGCGUCCAGCCACUCGACGUAAUAAGCCCGCCCACUUCCGCCAUCGAUCUCAACAUAGAACCGUUUGACGCUGCUCCUCAUUCAAUUACCGAAGACUUUGACCAAAAGACUAUCAAACAACCGGACAUUGAAUUAGGCCUUGCUCCCUGGGCUACCUCAAAACCCGCGCAUGACUCCACCGAUAUCCCCGAGACCGAGCUGUUCCCCGCCGAGGCCCCGCGCACCGUCCGGGAGAUGCUUCAGUGGAUAGCUGGACUUAAGCACGAAAAGCAUCAUGAGACUCUGAAACAAUGUAUCAACAAGGCAUUUGGUGGCUUACAUCAUGAACCUUCACAACUUGCAAUAUUCAUCAACCACACCAAAAUCAGGCCCAAAGAUGUCUUUGACAUACUCCAGCUUACCGCCAUGUUUGCAGGUUCAGUGCUCAGUUCCAUCGCACCUAAAUGGAAAGCGAACGUGUCAUCAAGAUUUGUGAAGCCUAAGUCAUCUGACCAAUCCGAGGAGCCUGAUUGCUGCGCCCUCCUCUGCCAGCUGCGUGACUACGUGUACGCCUGCCACCACCAGUUGGAGUUCCUGAAGUCGCAGUGUAAUAGGGACAAACUAAGUGGUGGUUGGAAGGAUUAUAAGUACGGUAGUGACCUAAUUUCUCCCAACUCCCCCCUCCAGGCGUUCCUGACCGACGGCUGGGACUCCGACUUCGACACUCACCUCUUCGACCCGUGCAACCUGUGCCACAAGAGCAGGGUCAGGAUGGGAUUCAGGGACAGAGAUUUACCGAGUAGUCAACAAACUGGCGACACCCUUUCUUCCAUCCUCACUCCCAGCUGCGGAGGUGAGCAGCAUGAUUCGCUAGUCGACACGAAAUAG